AUGAAGCCACCAUCGUUUAAAAGAGGAAUAGAACCAAUGAAGGCUGAAGCAUGGAUGUUGGGGAUAGAAAAGCUGUUUGAAGUUUUCCCUUGUACCGAAGCCCAAAAAGUACAACUUACUACCUUCACUCUUGAAGACGAAGCGCGGAGGUGGUGGAUGCUUACGAGAACCGUGCAUCAAGGCUUGACAUGGGACAAAUUCUUGGAACUAUUUUAUGACAAGUACUUCCCUCAAAGUAUGCGAGACAAGAAGGUGACAGAAUUUGAAACUCUCAGACAAGGAAAUAAGACCGUUGUAGAGUAUGAAGCCCAAUUUGCAGAAUUAGCUCGGUUUGCACCUCAUAUGGUGGACACAGAUUAUAAAAAAGCACAAAAAUUUGAGGGGGGACUACGGACUUCUAUCCUUGACCAAGUCAACAUGUUAAAGUUACCCACCUAUGUUGAUGUAUUGGAGAGGGCUGUUAUAGCAGAAGGAAACAUUGUUGCUCAAAAUCGGAUCUCCGAAUGGAAAGGAAAGAGGCAGAACACACAAUUGUCAAAGGGGUCAACCACUCCACCUAGCAAGAAACAAAACUCAGGGACUUCUAGUAUUUCCACCUCUACUCAAGAUUCAAUUCCUAUUUGUUCAGAAUGUGGAAAGAAGCACCGGGGGACUUGCUAUCGAUUGUCUGGAGCAUGUUUUAGGUGUGGCAAAACGGGUCAUCUGGUAAGGGAUUGUCCUCAAAGGAAUCAACAAAAUGGAAGUAGGGCUACUACAAGUUCAGUAGGGUUUACACCAGCUCCCAACACCAAGUCAGCUGUCAAGCCUGUUAAUAACAAAGACCCCGCAAGACAGGGGAGAGUGUUUGCAUUGGUUCCGGGAGAUGUGCGAAAUGCUGCAACAGUGGUGUCAGAUAAAUCUAAGGAAGUAUUAUCUUACAUGCUAUGUGUGUCUUCACCUUUGGGAGACUCUAUGAUCUGUACUUCUGUAUACCUUGCUUGUGAACUCCUAAUUGGGGAUAUCCGGGUAUAUGCCAACUUAUUGCCUCUUGACAUGACUCACUUCGAUAUUAUUCUAAGUAUGGACUGGCUGAGUGAAUAUUGUGCAACUAUUAACUGUUUGACUAAGCAAAUCAGUUUUCGUUCUCCGGGACAAUCAGAAUCUACCUUUCAGGGACGUGGAGUGACUUCUCCACCUUAUUUGAUUUCUGCAGUAAAGGUUUGUAAAUUAAUUCAGAAAGGGUGUCAGGGGUAUUUAUGCAGUGUUUUGGAAGGGCAAGUGAUGAAUGGGAGUACUGACAUGAUUCCAGUUGUCUGUGAAUUUUUGGACGUUUUUCUGGAAGAAUUACCGGGGGAGUUAGUAGACCGUGAAAUCGAGUUUACAAUUGAAGUGGCGCUGGGAACUCAACCCAUUUUUAAGACUCCGUAUAGAAUGUCACCAGUUGAAAUGAAGGAAUUAAAGAUUCAGUUGCAAGAUUUACUUGAUAAGGAGUUCAUUCGCCCGUGUGUCUCUCCCUGGGGUGCACCAGUUUUGUUUGUGAAAAAGAAAGACGGAACACUCCGAUUAUGUAUAGAUUACAGGGAACUUAAUAAGGUCAAAGCUGACGACGUUGAGAAAAUAGCUUUUCGAACCCGAUACGACCAUUAUGAAUUUCUGGUUAUGCCCUUUGGAGUUACUAACGCAGCAGCAGCGUUUAUGGAUUUGAUGAACCGUGUCUUCAAGCCCUAUCUGGAUGAGUUUGUAGUGGUAUUUAUCGAUGACAUCCUCAUUUACUCGAAGAAUGCAGAAACUCACGAGAAUCAUCUUCGUUUAAUUCUUCCAACACUUCGAGAAAAGAAAUUAUAUGCAAAGUUGAAGAAAUGUGAAUUCUGGCUACAUGAAGUAGCAUUCUUGGGACAUGUGAUAACGAAGGAAGGCGUAUCUGUGGAUUCGCAUAAGAUUGAGGCAAUCGUGAAUUGGCCAACUCCUACCAAUGUGACGAAGGUGCGUAGUUUCAUGGGAUUAGCCGAGUAUUACAGGAGGUUUGUUCAAGAUUUCUCCAAAAUCGCUGUACCGCUUACACAACUGACUCAAAAGGGAGUUGCGUUUGAAUGGUCAGAACAUCAGGAAUCUGCUUGCCAGGAAUUAAAAAUGAAGUUAACUACAGCUCCGGUUCUUGCUUUACCAUCUGAUACUAAAGGAUUCGUGAUCUAUAGUGAUGCUUCCCAUAAAGGACUCGGCUGUGUACUUAUGCAAAAUGGAAGAGUCAUCGCGUAUGCUUCCCGACAGCUCAAACCCCAAGAAAAGAAUUAUCCCACACAUGAUCUUGAGCUAGCAGCGGUGGUUUUUGCUUUGAAGAUAUGGCGGCACUAUCUGUAUAAGACUACCUGUGAAAUCCAUUACCAUCCUGGUAAAGCCAAUACGGUAGCAGACGCACUUAGUCGGAAAAGUAUGGGAAAUUUGGCGAAUUUGUUUGCGGAACAAAGAGAGUUAUUGGUUGAAUUGGGUAAAAUGAAUGUAGACCUUGUGGUGCAUGAACGGGAGGCCAUAGUAGCAGCAGUGAUGGCCCAACCGACAUUAAUUGAAGAAGUCAAACUAUGUCAGAUGGAGGAUGAAACUCUGAAGAGGAUAUGGUGA